UCACUUCCCAACUUCGCCUUUACUUCCGUACGUCGACGCCAUUAUCCUUUUCCUCUACAAAGCCACCAUGGGUCGUAUGCAUGCUCCGGGUAAGGGCCUGUCCCAGUCAGCGCUCCCAUACAGGCGCAGUGUUCCCACAUGGCUGAAACUGGCGUCUGAUGAUGUGAAAGAGCAGAUCUUUAAACUGGCCAAGAAGGGUCUGACACCCUCUCAAAUUGGUGUGAUCUUGAGGGACUCUCAUGGUGUGGCCCAGGUCCGCUUCGUGACAGGCAACAAGAUCUUGAGGAUCCUCAAGUCCAAAGGCCUGGCCCCUGACCUGCCCGAGGACCUGUACCACCUCAUCAAGAAGGCUGUGGCUAUCAGGAAGCACCUGGAGAGGAACCGAAAGGAUAAAGACGCCAAAUUCCGUCUGAUUUUGACCGAAAGCAGAAUCCACCGCCUGGCCCGCUACUACAAGACCAAGAGAGUCUUGGCACCAAACUGGAAGUACGAAUCUUCCACCGCCUCUGCCUUGGUGGCAUAAACCUAUUUUCGCAUUAAAGGAACGUUUUGAAGGAACUUGUGUGUGUGUGUUUGUCUAAUUGUAGACUGGAGGGCGCAUGGUAUACUUGUACAAUUGAAGGUAAAUGUGUGUAAGGUAAAACAAAUAUUUGAAAAAAAUCCUUUAUACACAGAAUCCUAUUCUUCUGCAUGUUUCUGGGAAUGAACUUGUACAUUAACUGAUAUUGACAACACUGACUGAUCUUCUUUAUGAACACUGUUAGCCACAAGAGGUCAGUAUUUAACUGCUCGAUAAGAUGCUGAACCACAUGGCUAGAUGCCCUUGAAUAAAACAAUUGCUCUUGCAGUUUUACCUUUU